GAUUGAUUGGCUCUCAGCCUCUUCAAGAUCGAAUAGUGUUCAUAUUCAUGGACGAGCACAAAAAAUCUAUGCUGAGUGAUCGCUGGAAGUCGCGCAGUGGUAUGACAAAUAGGAUAACCCAGACGUACCCAUCGAGGGCAGAUAAAUAUGUGCAGACAGGGAACCGCGUCUACGAUCAACCUGGAACGCAAGAAGACGAUGAUGAAUAUGAUGAUGAAGACGAAAGUGAAGAAGACGAAGAAGGCGUUGAAUACGAUGAAGCUGGUAAUAGGAUUGUUCCUCCUAGUACGAAGCGAUACAUUUACACCGUAUUUGACUGAUGUUGCUCACAAUUCGAUUAGCUGCUAUCGUGCUUCAUUUUUUUGACUAUACUUGACUUAAAUCACAACCAACGAUCUCAAUCAAACUUUCACCUGUUUGCACAAGCAUAUUUUCUUUUAUGUGAG